AUGGGUGUUAUUUUUUUGGAGCAUAUUGGAGGAGCUCGUUUAUUUUCUUGUGCAUCAUGUGAUACUAAUUUAACAAACAGAGGUCAGCUGAUCAGCACACGAUUUACAGGAGCUACUGGACGUGCUUUUCUUUUCAACAAAGUUGUUAAUUUAAAUUACAGUGAAGUUCAAGAUCGUGUAAUGCUAACAGGGAGACACAUGGUCAGAGAUGUAAGCUGUAAAAAUUGUGAUGCUAAACUCGGCUGGGUUUACGAGUUCGCUACUGAUGACAAUCAACGUUACAAAGAAGGACGUGUCAUUUUAGAAAGAGCUCUUGUUACAGAAAGCGACGGAAUGGGGGAAAAUAUUUAA